GCCAGGACUACCACGACGAUUAGGCAUUCACGAACCAUCGCCAUGCUGCAGCCUCGAUUAUCUAGGUCUGCCGUGUCUGCGGACACGUCAUUCGCAGCCCUCGUAUCUUCAUUGAACGCCCUGAGUUUAUGUUCCAGACACCAAACCCUCCAACCCCGACCGUGCACAAAUUUCGUCCGACAUGCUUCGCACGCAGCUCAAGGCCGUGCCAAUGGGCCGACCGACUCUGCCGGACGGCGCUUGGGAGCCAAAAAGUCUGCGUCGGAAUACGUGGCGCCCGGAAACAUCAUAUUCAAACAGAGAGGCACGAAAUGGCACCCGGGCGAGAACGUCGGCGUCGGCAAAGACCACACCAUCUACGCCCUCGAGUACGGCUACGUGCGGUACUACCGCGACCCCCUCAAACACCCCAAGAGACGGUACAUCGGCGUCGCGCUCGAGAAGGAAGGCCCGGGCUCGCAACUCCCGCUGCCUCGCAACGCUCCCACGCGGAGACGGCUGGGCAUGUACGCCACGCCCAUCACACGGCAGCCCGAGUCGUCCGAGAGGGACUUCAUGGAAGCCCACCUGAGCGCAAACAGCCGCGCCGCUUUCAAGAACGGAGGCGCGACGCCGGCGCCGCCCCCGCCCACGAUCAUGCGCGAAGGAACGUAUAGGGAAGCAAACGUCUCGAUCGGCCGGGCCGCGGAGAGAAAGGGCAUCAGCGUCCCCAGGUACGACCGGUCGGACAGGUGGAUGGCUUGGAGAAAGCGAGCCGCUCGGAUCAAGACUACCAUGGAAUCCAAGGCCGCCAAAGGCACCAAGAAGUCAAAGGGCAAAAAGUCAAACAAAGGCGCAAAGAUCGGUGGGAAGAAGAGAUAGUGGACGAGGAGUUAUCUCUCUUUCUCCUCGGUCUUCAAAUCUAAACAUUGUAUAAAUAUAUCUGCAAGAAGGAUUAUUCCUCACAAUCACACACACGGUCGUGUGAUGUGGCAGUUGAAGCACACAUCCGGGGAACCGGUAUUUCCAACAGCAUUGACCUUUCUCGCUUCUCUUUUCAACCAUGAACUUCGAGGACAGCGCUAUAUACACAGCAGUACUAAAG